GGCCUCUCACUCCUCGCACUCAUUCACUCGUCUCGGCGAAGCAACACGAUGCUAACUCAUCAUCCGUUGCAUCUCUAUCGACCUCCUCCGCUCCACCUUCUUCGUCCUCCUCCUUCGAAGCUACCCCUCCAUCUCCACCACCAUCACCAUUACUACCGUGCUCACACCAUCACCACCACCUCCACCUCCACCACCACCGCCAUCGCCGCCACUAGGAGGAGGAAACGAGGCGCCACUCCAUCAACUGGAGCGGAGGAGGAGGAGGAGGAGGAGGACGACGACGAUGUAGGGAACGAGGUCGAUUCGGGGAGAGCGAAGGGCUCGGGGACGACGGCGAGGGGGAGGAGGCUCCUCAAGGUGAGAGAGGAGAGGCGGAGGAGGGAGUACGAUCAGAUCCAUAACUACCCUACCUGGGCUAAGAUACUUGAAAAUGCAUGCAAGGAUGACAUGGAACUUCGUGCUGUUCUAGGGGACAGUAUUGGGAACCCAGAGUUGAUGAGGAAAAGGGUAGAGGAAAGAGUACGGAAGAGAGGUCGAGACUUCAGCAAAUCAAAGUCAGGGUCUGUGCUUGCUUUCAAAGUUAGCUUCAGAGACUUUAACCCAUUAGAUUCGUUCAUAUGGUUUGAACUCUACGGGGCUCCGUCUGAUCGGGAUGUUGACCUUCUUGGCAGUCACUGUUAUUUUUAUACUUGUAAAGCACUGCAGGUAAUACAGUCUUGGUAUGUCAUGGGCCGUUUGGGAGCUUUCAACUCUUCGAAUUUGCAGCUAGCAAACUCAUCAAUGGAUUACAACCCAAGCUAUGAUUCGGAUAAAGCCUCUGGUCAAAUGCCUUCGUCUUUCCAUGAUAUCAGUGACGUCGAGUUUCAAGAUAACUGGGGCAGGGUUUGGGUGGAUCUAGGAACAUCUGACUUUCUUGCUGUGGAUGUAUUGCUCAAUUGUCUCACUUUACUAAGCUCUGACUAUUUGGGCAUCCAACAAGUGGUUUUUGGCGGCCAGCGCAUGGGAGACUGGGAAGAAGGCAUGACAAAUCCAGAGUAUGGAUAUAAACACUUCAAGAUAUGAAAUGUAAUUCACUGUCUCAAUCAUUGCAAUUCAUGUUAGCUUUAUUAACACGAGCUGUACCCAUAAUGCUCGGGUAUGAGUGCGAGGUCACAAUUGAUGCCUGGGGACUCAGCCGAAACGGAGAAGCUCCCCUGUGAGUGUUAUGUCGCCAGAUGCUGCAUGCAGAGCAUCAAACAUUUAGCCUAGAUAUUGCGGAGUUCACAGGAUGAUGGGCAACUGAGAUCUGCUUUUAGUAUCGAUCGUCAUCGAAUUACUGCAUUGUAACUAAUGGUCUAUCUGUAAUUUGCCUUCGGAAAGCUAUUUGAGCAAUGAGAAAAGAGGCAAGAUAAGUGCUUUUCAGAAA